AGGGCAAUGUCGCAAGGUUGAGGAGGAAAACUCUGGGUUUGCGACUGUAGCUCUCGCUUUCCGGCCAAUACAGAGGAGCUGAAGGCUGGUUUGGGUGGUGAGGCCCGAGGCAGCUUCUAGAAUUUUGGAUCAACCCUGGACAGUAGAGGAUGGACCCUGUGGUCUUGAGUUACAUGGACAGUUUACUGCGGCAAUCAGAUGUCUCCCUGUUGGAUCCUCCAAGCUGGCUCAAUGACCACAUUAUUGGGUUUGCCUUUGAGUACUUUGCUAACAGUCAAUUUCGUGACUGCUGUGACCAAGUCUGCUUCAUCAGCCCUGAAGUCACCCAGUUCAUCAAGUGUACUAGCAACCCAGCGGAGAUGGCCAUGUUCCUUGAACCCCUGGCCCUCCCCAACAAGAAAGUGGUGUUUUUAGCCAUCAAUGAUAACUCCAACCAGGCAGCUGGAGGAACCCACUGGAGUUUGUUGGUUUAUCUCCAAGAUAAAAAUAGCUUUUCCCAUUACGAUUCCCACAGCAGGAGCAACUCAGCACAUGCAAAGCAGGUAGCACAGAAACUGGAGGCUUUCUUAGGCAGAAAAGGAGACAGACUGGCCUUUGUGGAGGAGAAAGCCCCUGCUCAACAAAACAGCUAUGACUGUGGGAUGUAUGUGAUAUGUAACACUGAGGCCUUGUGUCAGAACUUCUUUAGGCAACAGCCAGAAGCACUACUGCAGUUACUCACCCCUGCAUACAUCACAAAGAAGAGGGGAGAAUGGAAAGAUCUCAUUACCAGACUUGCUAAAAAUUAACUGUUGAGGCAUAUCUGUGGCUUUUGAAGUCAUCUCUUUCUGCCAGUCUCCAUUUGUUGGAUGACUGCAGUCUCAGUGCCUGAGGGAAGGUGCCUGGUAGAGGAAAACUCUAGUAUUCUUACUUUUUCCUGGAGGAAUGUCAUCUUCUGCAUUAUCCUAAUGGACAGUUUCACUUUAAUCCUCACUUGGGAGCAUUAUGUUCUGUGAAAAUGUCUUGAAGUAAUGCAUCAAAACCUUAAAACCAACUUAUCUUAACAUUUAUUACAUACAAGUUUCAGCUAAGACUUUUCUUUUCCUGUUGGUAUCAAAUUAAUUCCCUGUUGGUCUCCUGUAUUCACAUUGGCCUGUUCCAAAGAAAAGCAAAUGAAAAAUAUGUGAAAUCCAGAGGAAUGAACGUUAGUGAAAAGAGACUGACAACUGAAAUGCAAGAAGAAAACUAUAGAAGAACCAAAAACCUAUUGUAAAUGCAGCAUAUCUAAAGACAUAAGUGGCUGGAAGCAGAUAAACACCUAACUUCAUUCAGGACAUAAGUAUUAUUCAGUUCCGUGCUAUCUCCUUCCACUUGCCUUCUAUCUGCUUAACUGGCUGUCAGCUUAGCCUCUGCAAGUACUUGAUAAACAUGAUGUUAGACUUUCUUCCCCCAUCUAAUUCCUAAAACGCAUUAAGAAAGGAGAAAUCUUGAGUAACUGCAAGAUAAAUGGCUGUCGUGGACCUUUUAGUUUAUGCAGAGAUUUGCCACUCUGGAUUGGUAACAGCUUUUGCUUGCUUUGUUUGUUAUCCAUGCACUCACUCCAUCCUUAUACCCAAAGUUCUAUGAUUCUAAAACUCAUAGCUGAUAACUGCCAAAGGUUACCUGUUAUUUCAUGUAAAUAUUCUGCUUUCCUCUCCUCUCUGUCCGUAAUCUGGCAGGAUCAUUUUCAGGUGUGUCAGGGUGUUUCAGGACUAUUAUUAUAUCUGAAAUUUACAGUCUUAAAGUUGGUUUGUUUUUGAGAUCGAAAGAGAAAAAAAUGACCUUUCUCAACCCUUAUACUUAAUUAAAAAUGCAGACAAUGUAAUUUGAAAAAUGUGGAACCGAGAGUAAAAAAUGCUAUCAGUGAAAAUACUGAUGUGUUUUUCAGAGUUGUUUCAAAUAACUAACAAAUGAUAUAUCAGGUAUACACAUUAAUUCUAUUCCCAGUAAGAAUCUGACUGCAGUGCAGGUGAGACUUGAAAACCAAAGAUUAGCUUCAGCUACCUCCCUAGCCUGACCCUGCCCCCAGCCCUCAUGGCUCAAAAUAACCUCACCACCAAGUAACCACGAAAGCAGUAACUAAGUUCCUUUUAGCCAGAGAGGGAAAACACAGUAAGUGUAGAUAAACACAGGUUAUAUAGCAGGCCUGAGUGACACAAGAGUUGGAACUAGAAGUCACAACAAAAAGCUACAAAGUUUCUAAACGAAGUCAGUAUGUUAUGGAUAAAAAGGAGGCCUAAUGGGGACAGGUGGGGACAGGAACAAGAUUAGGAACUAACAAUCAGCCAUAGAGGUGAAAUAGGGAGGGAGGGACAGAAAGGAGUGACACAGGUUGGUGAUAGGCCAGGAGUGUAGGUAAAGAUAAGAAAGUAAUACUAUUUCAGUAACUGUUGACUUAGCCAGCUAGUCUAGACAAUGAAAGAAUCAAAUCCUUUCCAGGAUAAAUUGCGAUCUUUCUGAUAAGGCAAAGUGUGUUUGCUUAAGUAUGAGUAUCUCUCAUUUUAGAGUUAAUAUAUCAGAGAGCAAUCUUUUAACUUCCUAAGAUUUGCCCCAGAAAUAAAUUAUCUAUUUAACUAAGCUAGUUUUUUAGUAAGUCUUAAAAAAAACAAAACAAAAGUUUCCUUUUCCAGAUACACAGGACGAUAUUGGACUGUGUCACAGGUUAGUUUCCUUCUCUAAAACUUUGAUAUGCCAUCUGUAAGUAUUAGCAUUAUAAAUGCCAGGCGAAUGUAAGAAUUGACUUGUAAUGUUUCACUAGCUACUGUAAUAGCCCAUAAUGUAUGCAUCUGCUUGGCCAUCCAGCACCGAUGUUACAUGAUACAAGAUAGGAAAAAGAUCUUUUGCUGGGUGUUAUGCCCCCUUCUCUUUUAGAAUCAAAAGGAUCCAGUCUGUAAAAUUCAGCUUCAAAAUAUUCAAAAGGAAAGGGUAAUGAGCAGUUAUUAAACACUGAACCACCUGCUUUCAAAUAUCCUUUUGUAUUAUCCCAUAAGUAUAUUCACAUUAGUCCAACCUGUGUCUUAAUACAGAAAUCAAAAGGUCACCAUACAUAAACCCAGCUGUAGAUGGUGGUCAAAACUAAAAAUAAUUAUCAGUGGGUUUUCUAUUUCAUGCUGUCUAAACCACAAAUAUUUCCAUCCUUUGGCUAGGUAUCUGUUGAAGUCCCUAAGCACUGGCUCCUUAAUCAGAUGAGAAUAAUUUAAAAAUCGUAAGUGGAUUAUUAUUUCUGAUACACAUGCUCUCCUCACUUAUCAACACAGGUUCCAAAGACCAGGUCGUCACGUGAAAUCGGCAUUAUGCAAAAAUGCAGGAUGACUACAUCGUCAUAUAACUGCCCAAUUACAUCAUUACAUAACUGCCAAACCACUGAGAAUCAUGGCCCAGCCAAAUUGACACGAAACCUUAACCAUCACAGCCAGCAUUACUCUUGCCUCCCACCUCGGUGUUUGUUACUGCCAGACAUACGUCAUUAAUGUGCAAAAUAGUCGGUAGAUUUUUUACUAUUGUUGUAAACAGGGAAUGUAGGAUAAUGAGAUAGUUGAUAAGGAGAAGGCGUAUUCCUUAUUUUUAUAUUAUGCUGUAAUUUUUACUAUAUCUGUAUUGACCAUAUGUUUUAUAAUAUGGUAUUCCAUCGAAAUGGCAAACUAGAAUCUCUCAGUCACAAGGUUAUUUACUGAUGUUGAAAGAACUUUUCCUUCUACCACUAAAAAUACGAAAGGAGAAAAUAUUUACAGACAGUUACAUGCUGUGGUAUUGGAAAAAGUGUGAAUUUUUUAACCAAACCCAAGCUCUAUUCCUUAUAAAUUUAUAGUCUUGGGCAAGUUUGAGAUUCAAUAUCCUCAUCUGCAAAAGGAAGACAGUAGUUUAUUUAAGAGGUAUAAGGAUGGAGGGAGUACCUGGGUGGCAUGAACAGUUAAACACUCUGCCACUAACCAGAAAGGUUGGAGGUUCAAAUCCACCUGGAUGCACCUCGGAAGAAAGGCCUGGCAUUCUGCUUCCAGAGAAUCAACCAUUGAGAACCCUAUGGAGCGUGGUUCUACUCUGACUCAGGUGGGGUCACCAUGAGUUAGAAUCGACUCAACAGCAACUGGUUUAUAAGGAUUAAGAUACCAUAUGGAAAGCGUAUAAUAGAUACUAAAGUAAACCACAUUUCCCUUCAGUGCUACUGCCUAGUUCCAUUUAAGACUAACAGCGAGUUUGAAAACUUAGCCUUACAUUGCCAUGCAGCUGAACAGCUGUGUGUUAAAAAAAAAAAAAAAAAGCUUCAUUAACACUGUCAUGUACAAAAGAGAAACCGGAGGAUGGUAAAGAAUAUAAAAUGUAUUAGCAACAACUAACCUUUAUCUCACUCUGUACUGUGCAGGAUGCUUUUUACAUACAUUAUUUCAUUUGAUUCUAGAUAAGAAACAAACUCAGAGAAGCUAAAUCACAAAUGAUAGGGCCAAGACUCAAAUGCAGGGCCUGACUCAGCAUCUCAUAUUUUUUUUACUUACUCCACUCCCUGUCUCCCAGAAAAUAAUGGAAAGAGCUCCAUUCUUGAAUAUUUUAAAUGUAAUCUCCCCUCACUUUUUAAAUUUUAUAAAUUCACCUGGUAUAUUACAGGAAACAGUAGUGAGAAAUUGUCAGCUCGAUUACCUGCUGGGUAGCAGGACUUACACAGUAAUGGGCUUUGUUUCAUACAUUGUCACGUUUGGAUCACCUCCUUACAUCAAUCUACUGAUCUAAUAAGGCAUUUUAAAAGCCCUGCAUUUUACUUCCUGUGUUAAAAUCACCUUUCAGAUUUCUUAUAUAUGAAAGAGGUGAAGUAGGACAAGAAUGGCAGCCUGGGAAAUCUCACCAAAAAGAGAGAGGGCUCAAAGGAAUUGCAUCAAAUAAGCAUGAUCUCUGAACAAAAGUGUAAAGAUUAAUAUCUAAGUCCCAAAAUGAGGCAGAUAAAAUUCCACUAAGGAAAAAUCAAGUCCUGAUGGCACUUAAAUGAAGUUUUCUUACGUAGGGAAGAACUGAACAUGUCAGAGUGCCAAAGGAAGAGGUGGCCAUCUUCAGUAUCAACGGUAGGGAAGAGUUAUCAUCACUCUGGAAGAAAACUCAGAUCCUGAAGUUUGUGUUAAAAGACAAGAUAAGAGCUACCUCCUUGAUCUUUUUCCCUCCAUGUAUUCAAACCAAGCAGCCAGUGUUUAGAAGGUAACCCUUUCCCCAUGAUGCUAGCUCAGACCAGGUUUUCUCCGCCACUGCUCCCUCCAUCUUCAAUCCUCAAACCUGCAAAGCCUUCACUUCCUCCCUUCCUCUCCUGCUUCAGAGAGAAAAAGAAGCUACCAAACAGGAACUCCUUCAACUUUUCUGACACCAAAUCUGUAAACCUACCUGUAUUUGCCCCCAUCCAUGAACCUUCCUCACUCCCUAGCUAAAGCUAAUAAUCCCUCUACCUGUGCACAGGGAUCUUGUGCACACAAUUCCCCCACACCCACACAUCAUCAUAAACCUCUCUCUACUGGCCCCUCAGCAUUUAAAUGUGUUAAAUCUCCCCCAUUCUUUAAAAAUAAGUGAAAAUACGACCCCAUGUUUCCUUUAAAUAUUGACUUUUUGAUUUCCUCCCCUUUGCAGCCGG